AUUCCUGGGUCCAUUCGUAGCCAUCUAUUGCUUAGUCUUGAUUUUUGAAUCUUGAUCUGUUGCAGUGCACAACAAUAGUUAUUCAAAUAUGCCACCUGUACAAUCAAACUACAAGUCCUACUUAUUGGUCACUAAUAAGAAAAUACCAAGGACAACAGAAUACAGACACAGGAAGGGAAAAGGCAGAAGACAUAAACAGUACAAGCAGUACCUUUGCAGCACUGGUGUUGAAGUCCCUGACAGAAUUUUAGGAUGUCAUGACAGAGAACCUCCAGUUCACCAUGAUGCACCACUGCAGCCAACAGCAGGAAAAAGAAAGAGAGCUGACAGUAAGAAUGGAUCAGCUGCUGAGGACGAUGUGGUUGAUAUAGGAGAGCAUCAGACCAUGCAAGAACCAGAGGCUGAGAGACCCAACCCAAAUCCGUCACAGGAUGGAAAUUGUGGAGAUGACCUUUUGUACCCUGGAGCACCAAUUACCAAAGGUCAAAGUUUGCUCCUUCUAAUGGCUUACGUCCUGAGGCAUAACCUGACCGGGAUUGCUCUGGACCAUCUUUUAAGAAUUUUUCAUGAACUUUUCCCUGCACUGAUACCAGCAACCUCAUAUCUCUUCCAUAAAUCCUAUGGCCAAUAUGGCGAGUAUGUGCCCCAUUUCUACUGCCAUCAGUGUUCAAAUUAUAUUGGAACAAAAGAAUGUGGUUUGACACAGUGUGUUCUGUUGAUGGGAUCCCUGUUUUUAAAAGCUCUAGAUGCCAAAUAUGGCCUAUUCAGUGCCAAAUCAUAG